AUGAAGUUGGUGUGGGUAGCAGCGCUCUUGGCGGUGGCAACUGCCUCCGUGGUCAAAGAUGACCAGUUUAAUGUUUUAUUCGGAAAGGAACCCUUGGUGAACUUGGACAUUAAGACCAAGGAAUUAUGCAUCAUGAAGCUUCUGAACCACAUUCUGCAACCCACCAUGUACGAAGACAUCAGAGAGGUCGCCCGCGAAUUUGUGCUCGAAGAGAAUCUUGACAAGUAUCUGCAAGUAGAUGUCGUGAAGAAAUUCGUUCGCAUGUUUAAAAUGGGUAUGCUGCCUCGCGGUGAGAUCUUCGUCCACACCAAUGAGCUGCACAUCGAGCAGGCUGUUAUGGUCUUCCGCCUCUUGUACUUCGCGAAGGACUUCGACACAUUCCUUAGAACCGCUUGCUGGCUAAGAGAGCGCAUCAACGGUGGCAUGUUUGUCUACGCCUUAACCUGCGCCGUGUUCCACAGAACGGACUGCCGUGGUGUCACCAUCCCUGCCCCUUACGAAAUCUACCCCUACUUCUUCGUCGACAGCCACAUCAUUAACAAAGCGUUUAUGAUGAAAAUGACCAGAGCUGCUAAGGAUCCAGUCAUCCAGGACUACUACGGCAUCAAAGUCACCGACAAGAACCUCGUCGUCAUUGAUUGGCGAAAAGGCCUCCGCCACGUUUUGUCUGAAGACGACAAAAUCUCCUACUUCACCGAAGAUAUAGACCUUAACACUUACAUGUACUACUUGCACAUGAGCUAUCCUUACUGGAUGACUGAUGAUGCGUAUGGUCUGCAGAAGGAGCGUCGCGGAGAGGUCAUGAUGUACGCUUAUCAACAGUUGUUGGCUAGACUGAGACUGGAACGCUUGGCUCGUGGUAUGUGUGACAUUAAGAUGAUAAUGUGGAAUGACGUGCAAGAGAACGGCUACUGGCCUAAGAUCCGCCUCCACACCGGUGAUGAAAUGCCCGUGCGACAGAACAACGUCAAGCUGAUUACCCAAAACAAUUUGGAUGACAGGAUACUCUUGGACAACAUUGAAAAGAUCAUUCGCGAAGGCAUUCUAACUGGCCAAAUCUUGCGACGUGACGGGACAGUUAUCAGCCUGAAAAAACCUGAGGAUGUCGAGUACCUGUGCAGACUUAUCCUUGGUGGUAUGGGCAUGCAACACGAUGAUGCCAAGGUCAUCCAUGUGACUAACUUGAUUAAGAAGCUCCUGUCAUACAGCCUUUACAAUGCUGACAAGUACACCUACGUGCCAACCGCUCUCGACAUGUACACCACGUGCUUGCGUGACCCUGUCUUCUGGAAGGUGAUGAAGCGCAUCGUCGAAAACGUCGUCCUCUUCAAGAAGCUGCUGCCGAGGUACACACGCGGUGAAUUUGACUUCCCUGGUGUCAAGGUCGAACGCAUCGUCACCGAUAAGCUUGUCACUUUCAUGGAUGACUACGACAUGGAUAUCACCAAUGCGCUGUACCUUGACGAGUCUGAAAUGCAGAAGAAACGCUCUGACAUGACUUAUGUAGCCCGUAUGCGUCGUCUCAACCACCAUCCCUUCAAGGUUACCUUGGAUGUCGUGUCUGAAAAGGCUGUUGAUGCUGUCGUACGCAUCUUCAUUGGUCCCAAAUACGACUGUAUGGGUCGCCUUCUUAGCGUCAACGACAAGCGUCUCGAUAUGGUGGAGAUCGACAGCUUCCUGUACAAACUCGACACUGGUAAGAACACGAUCGUCCGCAACUCAAUUGAUAUGCACGGUGUCAUCAUGGACAGGCCUUGGACCCGAAACUUGUUUGGCUUGGGCACAACAACCACGACCACAAUCAACAGCGAUAGAGUAGUUGACAACUGGUGGUACAAGACUCGUCUCGGCUUCCCGCACAGACUGCUCCUUCCUCUGGGUCGUCUUGGUGGGCUUCCUCUGCAGAUGUUCGUCGUGGUGACGCCCGUCCGCGAAGGAUACGUUCUCCCGACCAUCGAUAUGGGCAUCAUGAAGGACCGCCGUGUGUGCCGCUGGACCACUUGCAUCGACAACAUGCCUCUUGGAUUCCCAUUCGACAGAGAAAUCGACAUGACCCGCUUCUUCACUAGCAACAUGAAGUUCGCCGAUAUCAUGGUUUUCAGAAAGGACUUGGCACUGUCUAACACUAUUAAAGAUAUCGACAUGUCCGACAUGGUGAUGAAGCGUGACGACCUGACUCUCUUGGACACUGACAUGCUGGUCAGGUGGUCAUACAAAGACGUCAUGUUAAUGAGCACCGACCAAAUGCUUAGAAUGUGA